CAGAAGUGCACAAACGCGUGCGCCAUGGCUCUUAAAAGCGCAAACACGGAAAUCUUUCAUUCUCUCAUGGAACUGGAGGACGGAAAUUUCGACACAUUUUGUUUUCAGUUGCGUGACAGUUCGGUGGAGCCGCGCAUCAGAGCCGGGGAAGUGGAAAAGAAGAACCGCCUGGAAAUCACGAAGCUGCUCGUGUCCAGGUGCACGGAGGCUGGAGCUCUGCGCAGAACCAUCAACACUCUGCGGGACAUCGGCUGCAACAACGAGGCUCUGGAGCUGGAAUCCAGAAACGCGUCUCGUUUGGAUGUGAGUUCCCAGGUGCAGAUGAAUGGAACGCUCAAUAAGGAAGCCCCCAGUGGCAGAGAGUCUGAGCCGCCUGCAAAGCCCCUCAAACAGGCCAAUGGUGCGACCCAGGCAAAACCGAGCCAGACUGUGGUGAAACAGAGUCCCAAACCUGAGACUGCAUGGUCAGGCGAGCUGCUGCUGUUUGGGAAACACGCUGGCAAAAGCUUCGAGUGGCUCCUGCAGAACCAUGAAAACUAUGCGGUGUAUGUGGUGGCCACUCACCUGAAAGAGAGAGACGAGGGGAACAUGUCUCAGAAUAAACUCAUGAAGAACAAGGACGCUCUGGCUGAGUAUGUGAGACACUUCUCACAUGUGAUGGAGGAGGUUCAUUUUUACAGAGAAGGACUGGCUCCUAUUGGCUUUGGAACAUAUACAAAUGUCACUCGUCAGGAUUUAUACAACUCCACAGACGAGAGGAAGAAGAGUUAUGUGAACUGGCUGCGCUCCUUGGAGGGUUCAGGGAAAGGAGAUCAGAUGGAGGCUGUUCUGAAAUACAUCUCACAUCGCGAUAAAAAGGGUGCUACCGUGAUUGAAAGGGUGCUACCUGCCCCUUCUCCAGAUUUAGACCCCAGUUAGUCAAAUUUAUUCCUGCUGUGAAGAAACUAUGUCUCUGACUCAAGUGGUUUCACUUUCCUCAAACUGGAAGUUACCAAAUUAAUCUUUUUAGAUUUAGGUUUGAACAGCUUUUCUAUUGUUGCCAUUGUUACUGUGGCUUAUGUUUGUGUGUAUCUUCUAUCAUGUUCCUCUUGUAAAUUCACUUUUUAAACAUUCAUCAUCAUUUUAACUGGAUCCUCAAAGAACAUGUGUAGUUUUGCUGUAACUACUGUUGGAAACGUCUUACCUGUGCAGCCAGAACCACACGCUGAGACAAAACUUCACAAAGAUGAGUGGACCUGGACCAUAGACUUAGACUUAGACAAACUUUACUGAUCCACAGUGUUGGGAGUGACACAUUAUAAAAGUAACAAAUUACUACAGUAAUUUAAGAUCAUUCUGGGAAAAAAAAAUUGUAAUAUUUUUCUCGGUACAAAUGUGAGUAACACACGUUCCAAUGCAUUUUUAACCUGGAUUGAAGUGGUGGGUUUUUCUUCAUACAAAUUUGCUAAAAUCACUGCGACACCAACAGUACCCACGUAGACCAUCAUGUGACCACGAGCGAAAGGACCGACGCAGAACUCCACGCUCCACGGCGCUAAACGCAGCUGACGCCCGAUCACACCUUCAGACACCGUGUGCCACGUGCUCAGGGUUCUCUCAGGGGCGGAACUAGAUUCCAAGUUCUAGUCCAAGAUUAGUUCUGGUUCAGUCCAUUAUACGGUGCAAAAGUUCUGCAUCUUUGCAGUUAUUUUGGUGAGAAGUAAUGUAAUAGUAAUGUAAUGUUUUACAUUUUAAAUGCAGUAAUAUUGUAAUGUAACUAAUUACUUUGAAAUGAAUUUAAAGUCACUUGUCCAACAGUGUGGAUCCACAAGGACACAGUAACUCACACAUCAUAAAAAAUAUAAAACAAAGAGCAAACAUAUAAAUAUAAAAAAUAAAUUCUAAAUAAGUUUCAAAAAAGAGACACAUGUGAAAUAAAACAGAAUUAUAUAAAUGUAAAUGUACAAGUCAAAAUAAAAUAGAAAAAUAAGUAAUAAAAUAAUAUAAGUGUAUAAAGAAGUGGACUAAAGGAGUGUGACAUCACCUAUAGCAUUUGGCUCCAGUCAAAUGAAGCUCAUGAGGCCAGCACUUACAGGGGGGAAUUUGGAACCAGUUCAACAUUAAGAACGGGAAUUGAUUUACAGAAAAAAAUGCAAAACUAAAACACCAAGAUCAUGUGGAGUGGGUUAAUAUAAACAUUUUAGCUGCAGGUUAUCGAUGUCCAUUUAUACAGUCUAUGGUCUAGAACCGACUCCAUCUCCAGAAUUCACAGACAGACGGAUUUACUAAUCAGAGACACACAUGAAACAAACUCUUAUUUAUACAGUAAGUUAUACAUUUUGUUGGGUAUGAUUUGAGAAUUUUCGAGAUUUUUUUUUUUCUUCCACAUUUGAGUUUGCAGCUGUGGUUGGAUCAUCCUCAGGUAUGACAUUUUUUUUCUCACUCUGAGGUUCGAUUACAGACACUUCUUUGUUCAAACAGAAUCUAAAAGGGACUGACUGAUAUUUACUGUUAAAAUGACUGAAAGAAUGUGAAGUAUUAAUUUAUUUGAUACAUUUCCUGUUCCAAAAUAAAAUAAAAUAAUACAAACACUUAAACUAA